AUGUUUGGCGACUGGGUGUUUCCUGUCGCACCACCAGUAGAGCUAUCUGGCUGGUCUUCCUCAUCCUCGUCCUCGCUGUCUCCCCACUCGUCUCCGGCGUACGAGUAUUGUUUUGCAUUCACCCAUCGCUUGGUCUUUUGGCGAUUGACAUUAGUCUUCAGGUCGAGAGUUUGCGCCGUUGACCAAGGGGACUCUGGCUGCUGGCCUCCCGCGGGCGAUCUAAUAACACAGAAAAAUGUUAGCCUUUUCAACCUGUCCACCAACACUAACCUGAGGAUCUACUUACCUGUCACCAGGGACAUAGGUCGGCUGGUAGCCAGACAUGCUGCAGAGGGUGUGCCGUGGUAG